CCAUCUCUCCCCAUCACUCCCUGGGAAUUUCUUUCCCUACAUCCAUUAUUGCCCCCCCGUCCCCCGCACACACUCUUUUUUGGCCAGGAGCUCCCACAUGUGAGUGGAUUUUAAAAACGUGUGUAAUCUGGUUCAAGGUUCAGUCUGGACUUGAUCUGGGUGGGGGUCGGAAUGAGAAAUUCGUCCUGGAGUCGAUGUGGGUGGGGGUCAUAACAGAUGAAUUAUCAUUGGGCAACAUCAUGUCGGGCGUUAAGAUACGGAAGGGCGACAAUGAAACGAUAAAGAGUCCCCGAGGGGUGUCUCUUCAAUCUUAAUCCCCCCCCACCCCUUGCUCUCUCUCUCUCUCUCUCUCUCUCUCUCUAUUGCUCUCUCGCUCGCUCGCCCUCACUGAGAGCUCCUCUCCCAUCCAUCAACACAAGCGUCUCUCCACUGUCACCAGACAAGCAUACAAUUAUUGGCUAUUUACUUCUUCUUUUUUUAGUUCUUCUUCUUUUAAUCCUCCAUCUCCUUUGCCGCCACAUUAUUGACGUAUUUUUGGGCAUGUCCCCGAGCGUUUCUUCCCCAGCAGGAUGUUUUUGCAAGAGCGACGGGCGUUGAUUGUUGGCAGUAUACGUCUUUGAGCGGGUAAAUAUUUCACCAGCAGAGGCGGAACGCAAAGAGAAGCCGUCCAGCGCGACCGUCAGAGGGUGGAGGAGGGGAGCAGGGGCAGUAGAAAAUGGCUGCCGUGACGACGGUGCCCAGCUAUACCCCUUCGCUGUGGGUGAGAAUGUGUCACGCCCUCCCCCGGCUGGACCUCACCAUGCAGAUGAGGGACAACGUCUUCACCCCCGACAGCUGGGAGUACCAGCAGACGCUGCUGGUCCUGUCCAGCGUGUCGGCCAUCGCCCUGGUUAUCUCCCUCUUGGUGGUUCUGUCCUUCCUCAUUCACUACUGCUGCUGUCACCGUGGCGACCGCGGCGAGGGAUCCGAGGAGGAGGAGGAGGACGAGGACGGCAGCACGGGUCACGGCUACGGCGGGAAGAAGGGGCGAGGGAUCUGCUGCGUCACGUGGGUGGCCGUGGCGGCCGUCACGCUGUGCUGCGUUGCCAUAGGCAUCGGUUUCUAUGGCAACAGCGAGGCUAAUGAUGGGAUGUAUCAGUUGACCUCGUCUCUUCUCACAGCCAAUUAUACGCUAGCUUCCAUCGAUUUGCUGAUCUCUGACACAAUCAACGGCCUGCAGCUUUCCAUCUCGGGCCCCCUGAGCACAAUGGAGGAGAUGUUUACGGGCAGCAAACCCUUUCUGGUUUCCACGCGGAACUGCCGCAGGCUAUCCGACAACGUGAUCAGCCUCCUCUCCUCCAUCUCCCUGGCUCGGACCAGCUUCGACGCCGGACUGGGCAACGACAGCGGCAUCAGCGGGGCGUCCAUCAUACCGCUGACCCCCGUGCCACCCUCUGUGGCCCCCACAAUGACACCCUCUGGCGGCUUGCUGCCCGGGCCCUUUUCACCCGGCUGGGCGGCCAAUGCGCUGAUGGUGAAUGAGGACUACAGGUGGUUGUCAUACGUCCUGCUGCUGCUGCUUGACCUCAUCGUGUGUCUCUUCAUCCUACUUGGGCUGGCCAAGCAAGCGCGAUGGCUGCUUAUCUUGAUGACGGUGCUGGCCUGGCUGGCUCUCUUCCUAAGCUGGGGCUCGCUGGGCUUGGAGACGGGCACCGUAGUGGCUCUCAGCGACUUCUGCUCUGAUCCAAACAUGUUUGUGCUCAACUCCACUAACUUCAACAGCGGAACCAGCUCAGAUGUGCUGGAUUAUUACCUGACCUGCGGCCUACGCAUGAAUAGUCCAUUCCAGCAGCUUCUCACCCAGUCCCAGAGGGCGCUGUCCAACAUCCACACACACCUGUCCAGUCUGGAACGCAACGCUCUCACGCAGUUCCCCAAAGCCGAGAAAUCACUCAGGGAUGUCCAACAGAUACUCAACAGCACGGAGGGCAACUUCCAUCAGCUGGUGGCGCUUCUCAACUGCCGAGGUCUCAACAAGGACUACAUCGACUCCCUGAAAGGCCUGUGCUACGACGGGAUGGAGGGACUGCUCUACCUCUCCCUUUACUCCUUCCUCUCUGCUCUGGCCUUCACUGCCAUCCUCUGCUCCCUGCCUGGAGCCUGGAGGAGCUUCCCCAGCGAUUCGGAAGAGUACGAAGACUCAGACAGCGAGAGUGAGGACCCCUUCACCUCCCAUCAGGCACGUAGACAGACGGCCUCGGGGUCUUCUCAGCGCGGGGCCAUGGCCCCCUUCUAUAAUUACCCGGGGGCCAGGUGGACACCCCCCUUUUCUAGCGCGCCGCCCCUCCCGACUCCAAACGUUUCCUCCAAUGGCAACCCUGGCUAUGAGAGCCUCCCCUUGACUGACAGGCAGUCCCCACCCCCCUCUCUCCCCAGUGCUGGCAGCACUCACGCCACGACAGACCAUGACACUGCACUUGUGUCGCCAGCUACACUGACUAGUAAAAGUAUACUGCUGUACAAGCUGAACACUGACUACUCCAAACGACAACCAAGUACUCUCCCAGCAUGCUGACUGGUUACGGGGGAAGCCAAUCACACCCCAAUCCCGCCCAUUCCAGGAACCUGUAUUCACGUUGAUAACUAUUUUUUUUUUCCUUUCUUUUUCUUAGGGAAAUUGUAUAGAAGAAAAAAAAAUGUUUAGUUUUCAUAUGAAUGGACACUUUAAAAGCCAGCGAGGAAACUAAUGGAGAAGAAAAUGAAUGCUUUAGUGUGCGUAACGUCGGUACCACUUGAGUAUUAAUUGUUAUUAAAAAUGAUGAUGAUUAGAAGCACUUAUACGUAAAAGAAGCAGGUUCCAGAAGGACUGUCGACACGCUCUUAGGACUGUGUGAAAGCAAACCCUCCCCUUGUUUGUGUAAACUGUGAACCGUGCCGAGGCAAGUGGAGAAUGCUAUUGUAGUUUUAUAUUCUUAAAUGUAUCACCAAUUUUUAUUUGAAAGUUUUUUAUAUAUACAUAUAUAUUAUAAAUAUGAAAUUGUUGUAGAAAACACACUGGCACGUAGCAACAAAGCACAUUUUUUUCUGUCAAUUGUUAUGCAGUUCCCCUUCUUGGCAUAUAUUUUUUUUAUUCUUACUUUUUAUAGGUGGUUUGUGUGUAUUACCUUACGGUAUUAUGUAUAUCUCACUGGUCUAUAUCUGAAUAAUAAUCAUUUCUCUUCAAAAAAAAACAAAAAAACAAAACCUAACUGAGUGCUACAAGAGUGUGUUUAGUGGUGCUUUCACAGCUGUAGUAAGUGUUUGGUCAUCCUUGUGCUUUCACACAACAUUCCAGGCGUGCCCGAAUGCUUGUCUUCUUGGUCGGCGUUGGGCGCGGGAACGUAGACGGGAACUAUCUUCAUCGAGCGUCGGGCCGUUGUUUUCUAGCUGAGACGGGCUUACCCCCAAACGUCAGUGUUAUUGUUUUAGUCCUAAUUCACAAGCUUAUACUACAUCAAAACGCAUAACUGGGGAUGCUCCGAUCGAUCGGCCGCUGAUCAGUAUAGGCCGAUUUCCGUAAAAAAUUGCGUGAUCAGUGUAUGCCGAUAAAGUGCCGGCAACGCCGGUCACCUGUGGCUAGCGCUACUGCAGCACGCAGCGACCCUUUCGUGCAGUGUAGUGUCUUGCCCUAACGACUUGGCCAGUGUCGUCCUCCCACUUUCCCGCGAAACAAAAGCAAUCACGCCUGCCGUGUGGAACCAAACUGCUAACUAUCGGGUGUAAAAAGCUUUAAUACGGCAUUUGAACAACAACACUUGACGGAGAGUAUGGUGAGUUUUGGAGGCUCACGGCAGCUCACGUCAAACGAAAGCUAAGCCACGUGGCUUAGCCAGCGCGCACCCGUCAGACGGCUAAGCUAAUAACCCGAAAAAUAAUUGAAUUCAUUGCAUGAGAGCGGCCUUUCAAGUCAAAUAUGUUUUUAUGUCUAAAUUAAGGUGAUUUUAUGGUUCCUGUUUUCAUAUCAUAUCCCUAAAGAAGGCGGUGAUUUCGACAAAGUAUCAUGUAGCCCAGGGGACUUUUUUUUCAACCUGGCAAAAAAAAAAACAAAUCCCAAGAACGUUCCCGUGUGGACAGGGCUAUGUGAUCGGUAUCGGCCAGUUUCACUCAUGGGUGAUUGGUACCGGUAACAGCAGCAUAAAAUCCUGAUCGGAGCAUCCCUAAUUUUAAGCGAUAUAAUGCUUCUUCUUCUUCCCAAUGACAGUAAAAGUGUUGGGCUGAUUCACUGGUUAGGUAGUAAUAGUAAUAAUAAUCUCUCAGGUGGAUUUGAGGGACUUUAUCUAGCUCAGGAAAUCAAAGAAUUUUUUCAUAUUCACACUUGUUCAGUGGAACCUUGGUUAGCGUUCGCCCCAGUUAGCAUGUGUUUUUGGUUAACGUAGAAAAUUUACGCCACAAUUUUGCCUCGGUUUGCGUGCAUUAACAUGCAAAAUGGUUUGCGUGUUGUCACGUUAUUAAUACAUACUGCGCGAGUCCAACUCUGUUCUUAAUGUAUUUUUAUCUACGUAUUUCAUUUCAUCUUUAUAUAUGUUAGAUUUAAUGUUUUUUUUUUUACUUUGUAUAUUUUUUAUAUAUACAUAUUUAUCAAUCUAUUUUUAUCACAAAACGUCCCUCUUUGUUAGCAUCCUAUUAGCUAGCUAAACAAAAUGGCAACCGGAAGCGGAAGUUACGUCGUCUGCCUAUGAUGUCACCAGCAGUUGACUCGAAAAUGUGAACGCACACACGUUUUUGUACUUUUAGAAUGAUAGUUUUACGUACAUAAACAAUGUGAAAUGCAUCUACAUGAUGAAUAAGAGGGAAAAAUGAACAUUUUAAGCUUACUUUUAUGCUUACGCGAUUGUUCCCAAAGACACGAUGUGGCAGCAGGAUCAACCAUCACCACCUUCCUGUUUUCAAUCACGUCGACAAUCACAUCUUCAAUAAAGAUAAAACUGACUUAAAUGUUCUUUUAUCCCUUUCAUUUAUCAUUUAUACGCAUUUACAAUUGUUUUAUGCUUGUCAAACUAUAAAAAUGUGUUGUGUAUUUACAUUUUUGGCUCUCUGGAACAGAUGAAUUGGAUUUAUAUGAUUUCUUAUCGGGGAAUUUGAUGUAACAUCUGUUUCGGUUCGAGUUGGACCUUCUGGGAUGAAUUAAUGACACUAACCAAGGUUCCACUGUACUCACCUUUUGUAAAAAUAGUAAAUAAAUAAAUCAAUAAACUUUUGUCAGUGCAGUAUAAGGAUAUGGAGGGCCCCAAUGGCUGGGUUUUCCUUGGGCCCCCAAAUGACUAAAUAGCGUCAUCUUUUAAGUAAAGUGCAUUUUUGCUGGUUUAGUCUGCUUAGAUGGUUCAUUGGUGCUUUUAAACUCACUACUCUGACAGCAAAAAUGCUAAAAUAAAGAAAUCUGACAGCAAUCCCUCCUGUCUACUCUGUCGCCCACUGCCGACCAGUAAGAGAAGAGAUGGAAGUCAUGUGUUCUCAGGGCAUUGACUCGAUGGCAACUGGACUGUUCGGGUUGUCUUGGGCAGUCUUUGACUUUAAGACUGGACUGUUCUUGGUUGUUUUAUGUAAUCUUAGACUAAGACUGGACUGUUCUUGGUUGUUUUAUGUAAUCUUAGACUAAGACUGGACUGUUCUGGUUGUUUAUGUAGUCUUAGGCUUUAAGACUGGACUGUUCUGGUUUCUUGGGUAGUCUUAAGACUCUAAGACUGGACUGUUCUGGUUUCAUGGGUAGUCUUAAGACUGGACUGUUCUGGUUUCUUGGGUAGUCAGACUCUAAGACUGGACUUUUGGGUUGUCUUAGAGUCUUAAGACUGCACUGUUCUGGUUGUCUUAGGUUGUCCUAAGACUUUAAGACUGGACUGUUGUGGUUGUUUAGGUAGACUUAAGAGUCUAAGACUGGACUGUUUGGGUUGUCUUAGGACUUUAAGACUGGAUUGUUAUGGUUGGUGAGGUUUUCUUAAGAGUCUAAAACUGGAUUGUUCUGGUUGUUUAUACACUCUUAGACUUUAAGACUGGACUAUUCGGGUUGUCUUAGGUAGUCUUACUAAGACUAGUGUCUAAGACUGGACUGUUCUGUUUGUUUACGUAGUCCUAGACUUUAAGACUGGACUGUUCUGGUUGCUUUGGUAGUCUGACCUGGAUUGAGAAUAUCCACUGGUGUGGUUUGCUGUGACACAUUUAGGCAUGUUUUGAACUAUGGAUGUAAAAGCACCCGUACUGAUCCGAUGGAGAACCCAAAAAGAAUUUAUCCCAUGCAACGGUAGGUACAUAGCAAUAUGACUUGCUAACGGUGCGGCCCUGGCCUUACCGUAACCAGCAAUAAAUUAAAAAAAAGAAAUAACCAAUGUACAUGUAUAGCAUUGGGUUUACAAUGUUUUUGUGUAUAUGUUGGAGAUUUCAUUGAAUCCCUCCCCAUCCUUACUUGCUCACCUUGUUCUUUGAGUUUGUACUCUCAAUGCUCCUUUUCAAUGGCAUCCUUUUACACUCAAGAGUCUAAUAUGAAUAAAAAAGAACUAAUAACA